UCGGCGCGCAGGCGUUCUCCGCGGCCACCCCCGGCCGCAAGGCCCCCGCCGCCGCUCGCGCCCGCUCUCCUUCUCCCUCUCUCUCCCUGCUUGGUUGAGUGGCUUGUUGCAGCGGUCACAGGCGCGGCGGGGCCGGAGCGGGCUGAGGUGGCCAUUCCUCGCAGGCAGAGCGCAGCGCACGGCGGCGUCCCCCUCCCCGGGACACUUGACAUGCCCUCAGCGACCAGCAGCACGAUGGCUAGCGGCAAAGCGGCGGCGGCGCCGGGCAGUGAGGCCUCCCCGCCUGCGGCCACGGCGGCCGUACCCCCCCCCACACCCACGCCUCACGCCCCGGCGGCGGCUGCGGCGGGCGGCAGUAUCACGGCGGUGCAGACCGAGGCCAUGAAGCAGAUCCUGGGCGUCAUUGACAAGAAGCUACGGAACCUGGAGAAGAAAAAGGGUAAACUUGAUGAUUACCAGGAACGAAUGAACAAGGGAGAACGCCUUAAUCAAGAUCAAUUGGAUGCUGUGUCUAAGUACCAAGAAGUCACGAAUAAUCUGGAAUUUGCAAAAGAACUUCAGAGGAGCUUCAUGGCUCUGAGCCAAGAUAUCCAGAAAACAAUAAAGAAGACAGCUCGCAGGGAACAGCUGAUGCGAGAAGAAGCUGAACAGAAACGUUUAAAGACUGUACUUGAGCUGCAGUUUAUUUUGGACAAAUUAGGUGAUGAAGAAGUGCGCAGUGACCUGAAACAAGGAUCAAAUGGAGUGCCAGUACUAACAGAGGAGGAACUGACAAUGCUGGAUGAUUUUUACAAGCUAGUUGACCCUGAACGGGACAUGAAUAUGAGGUUGAAUGAACAAUAUGAGCAAGCAUCCAUUCAUCUGUGGGACUUACUGGAAGGCAAGGAAAAACCUGUUUGUGGAACCACCUACAAAGCUCUAAAGGAUAUCGUUGAACGCAUUCUUCAAACUAAUUAUUUUGAUAGUACCCACAACCAUCAGAAUGGAUUGUGUGAGGAGGAGGAGGCAGCUCCUGCACCUGCAGUAGAAGAUCCUGUAGUAGAAGCUGAACCUGAUCCAGUGGAAGAAUACACUGAACCAACUGAAGUUGAAUCAACUGAGUAUGUAAACAGACAAUUCAUGGCAGAGACUCAGUUCAGCAGUAGUGAGAAGGAACAGGUAGAUGAGUGGACAGUUGAAACGGUUGAGGUUGUAAAUUCACUCCAACAACAAACACAGUCUACUUCACCUACUGUUCCUGAACCCCAUACACUUGCUUCUGUGGCUCAAGCAGACCCUAUUGUUAGGAGGCAGCGAGUACAGGAUCUCAUGGCACAGAUGCAAGGCCCAUAUAACUUCAUGCAGGACUCCAUGCUGGAGUUUGAGAAUCAGGCUCUUGAUCCUGCCAUUGUAUCGGCACAGCCCAUGAAUCCAGCACAAAAUUUGGACAUGCCGCAAAUAGUUUGCCCUCCAGUUCAUGCUGAAUCAAGACUUGCCCAGCCUACCCAGGUUCCUGUGCAGCCGGAAGCUACGCAGGUCCCUUUGGUUUCUUCAACAAGUGAGGGCUACACAGCAUCGCAGCCCAUGUAUCAGCCUUCUCAUACAACAGAGCAGCGGCCACAGAAAGAAUCAAUUGACCAGCUUCAGGCUUCAAUGUCUUUAAGUGCAGACCAGACACCAGCAUCUUCAUCAAUUCCCACUGUAUCCCAGCCUCAAGUAUUCCAGACUGGGUCUAGCAAACCUUUGCAUAGCAGUGGAAUUAAUGUUAAUGCAGCACCAUUCCAAUCCAUGCAAACGGUGUUCAAUAUGAAUGCACCUGUUCCUCCCGUCAAUGAGCCAGAAACCCUUAAACAACAAAAUCAGUACCAGGCCAGUUACAACCAGAGUUUCUCCAGUCAGCCUCACCAAGUAGAACAAUCAGAGCUACAGCAAGAACAGCUCCAGACAGGAACUUGGUAACUUGAGUGAAAUAGAUCUGCAAAAAAUGGAAAAUGAAAAUGUUGAGCUUCCAGGUCUGGGGGAAGAAGCAGGAUCCUUGCUUUGAAGAUCACUGUCGCCGGAUAUGCGAUCCACCAUGAGUAGCCGUUCAAGACAGUCAAGCUUUUUAUCAAGCUUUGUGGACAAAAUGUCAAAAGUAGUUCAGGAAAAAUCAGAUGAGACAUUAGCUCAAGCUAUAGUUGCAAGUGGUACACCUCUUUCCAUAACUGAAAAUCAAUACUGGAAGGAACGUUACAAACUAAUUUGUCCAUUGUAUAAGUUACCAUCAUGUUAUCGCUUAUCCCAUUGUCUCUUGGAGAGUAUGACAGAGUUCAAAGAAUGGCUAUUCAGAGGAUUGGUCGAGCACAGUCACUGACUCUGAUGUCAGAUUGAUGGACUGAUAUACAAGGCUAUCCUUUAUUGAACAUUGUUAGCAACACCUGAACCAAUAUUUCUGAAAGCAAUUGUUACCAAAUCUUCUCAUCAUACAGGUGAAUGCAUAGCUCAAAUUACUGAGUGAAGAGAUUGAAAGUGCAGGUCCCUCCAGGGUACCAGCCCUUGUAUAACUGAUAAUGUGAGUAACAUGAAAACUGCGUGGCAAAUAUUAAAGGCAAAGUAUCCUCAUUUAAUAGUAUUUGGCUGUCUUGCUCAUGGGUUGAAUGUUUUGGCAAAGGACAUAGUAAGUGUGAAUACAAUGAAGACAGUAUUGGCAAACUGCAAAGCCAUUGUGAAGGUAUUCAGUAAUCAUGUUGCUAAUCAGACUUUGAAGAAAUUACAGAAAGAGAAGCAGGAGAAGGAAAGUGCACUUUUAAUUGCUAAGAGAAACUAGAUGGGGCUCUGCUACAAAGUGUUUACAUAGUUUGCCGUGCACAAAGAACUGUUUGCAGUGUGCGUCAGUAGAUGACACAGUAUCCCAGAUUAUUCCCGUGAACAUUCGGAAGCAUAUUCUCCACAACUGUGUGUUUGGGUUCGAGUUCAAGGAGCAUUCAGUUUGCUACUACCAGUUUCAGUGGCUAUUAAGAAACUUGAAGGAGAUGCACCAAGUCUCAAAUAUUUCAGAGAUAUUCAGCCAACUGAAUGAAAAACUAAUUAAGCUUUUGCCUUCCUUAUCCCUAUCCAAAAAAGAAGUAAAACAUAUGUUUACUAAGAGAUCUGAGUUUUGCUCUCAUCCAGUUCAUCUGGCAGCAAAUGUUUUGGAUCUUCAAUACAGAGAAAAACAUUUAUCAGAAGAUGAAUUAUCUAUUGCUCUUGAUACAAUUAUGGGAGUAGCUAACGAGGUCCCCAACAUUGACAACAUAGCCAUGAUGACAGACAUUACCGAGUACUGCCCAAAAGAAAAGCUUCGGAGAAAAGACAUCGUUUGGCAGGCAGCAGAGAAUGUCUCCUCUCACAUGGUGGAAGGGAUACUAUAACACCCAACUGUUGUCUAGGAUUGCUCUAUGGAUCCUAUGCAUUCCACCAACACAACUUGUGAACAGAACUGGAAGGCUUUCAGCUCAAUCAAGACAGAAAAGAGGACUAGACUAACAAAGGAAUGCACCACUAAGCUUGUUUUUAUUUCUCAAAAUCUCUUGCUUCUGGAGAAUCAGUGCGAAGCACAAUUAAUGAAGAAGAUGUAGUGUGACAAUAAGUUGCCCUUGCCCAUUGACUCACUGGUAAAACUAUCCUUUAGUGAAAGAGAAUGUGGUUCAAGUAGUUCUGAACCAGAUUUGCCUCAAUCCAAUUCAGAAAUGGAAAUAAGUAGUGAAGGUGAUUCUACGGAUAGUGACAGUGAAACUGGAGGUGCUGCAAUGACCUCAGUGGAAAAGAGUUAAACUCCGUUGAAGCAGAUGAGGGGACAACCACAGCAUAUCAUGCACACUUCUUUGGAUGUGCUAAAAUUAGUGUGUCAAUAGUUUUCAGUGCCUUCAUUUUUUUUUCUUAAAUUUAAACAAGCAAUGUAAGGGAAGUACAUGCUAUUGUGUAUUGUAUUUACAUGUUUACAAGUAUUCAAUAAAAAUAAUUUCUUUCCACAUAAAGCUUUGAAUUUGUUUGAAUAUAACAUUUAAACCACA